AUGUCUGCGCCAGGCGCCGAAUGGAUAAGCGAUAGAUCCCGUGAGAAUACACCUGAGGAGCCCGGAAACCAUCAUGGCUCGCCACAACAGCGCACCAGCAGGAAGCGCAAGGUGUUGUCGUGCUACGCAUGCCGCAGCCGUAAGAUGAAAUGCGAUCGCGUCUUUCCGGUGUGUGGGCGAUGCGAAAAGACCGGAAGAAGUCAGGAAUGCACGUACGACCCUCGACUGGUUCAAGAGACACGUACCAACACGGGCGCACAGACUGAGCACGACACGUCCUCUACAAGUGCGGCGCGUCCUGUAGACGGCGAGUCGCUCGCUGACACGUCUGAUGUAUUGCGGUGGAAGAUACAGUUGCAAGAGAGACGGAUAGCCAUGCUCGAGCAGAGGCUGGCAGUCCAAGUUGGAACUCAAAAGUCAUCACAAUACUCAGACGUCGUAGCCGAUGAACCGGAGUUCAAGGAAGAGGUCAUGUUCAGGAGCAAAGGCUUCAGGUCUCAAUUCCAUGGACCAACCAGUGUGAUGAGUACCAUCUCCACUUAUCACGAGCUGCACGCUUUCACAUUUGAGGCACUUACUGUGGACCAAUCCGUCCUGCGCAUCAAAACUGAUUUCAAGCAAUUCCGAGAUCGAAGGAAGAAGCUGUCAAAUGAACGCAACGCCAAAUGCCAAGAUGCAGAUGCCGAGGUCCUCGCAGCCCUACCAGAACAAUGCAUUGUCGAAGCUCGGGCUGUCGUCUACUUUGGGAUGUGGGAAAAGAGCUAUAGAAUCUUGCAUGAGCCGACUUUUUGGCGAGAAUAUAGUGACUUCUUGGAGGACAAUCGCAAUAGCAAGCCUCAAGUCAGCUUCGCCGUCAUACUUGUUUUGAUCAUUGCAGCCACGAAAUGCCUUGAACCAAAAGAUGACAUGUUUAUAGGGGAUACGACUGCCGACCGGCAUGCCGCUAACCACCUCCUCAGCAUAUGCGAGAACUGGAUGAACCAGCAGCCUCGUAAGCGUGUUACUCUGCAGUUCUUCCAGAUCCAAUGUUUGGCGUUACUCACAAAGCGGGCCAACAGCGUUAAAAUGAAGCAAGAUUGGGUUGCAUCCGGCGAGCUCCUGCGGCUUUCGCUAGCAUCUGGUAUGCACCGCGACGCUGCAUCCCUAGGGCACGAGGCAACGUCGGCAUUUGACGAGGAAAUGAAAAGGCGAUUAUGGGCUACGAUCAUGGAGUUGGAGCUCCAGUCCUCGGUAGAAUCUGGUCUUCACACUGGUCUCUCUGCGCUGUCGUACGACACCGCACCGCCUGCAAACCUUUCCGACGAUGCCUUCUCGAGUGAUACGCAGCAACUACCUACAAGCCAGCCCAGUGAGCACUUUACGUCAGCCUCUUAUCUUGUCAUGGCUGUGAGAUCGCUUCCACUCCGCAUACAACUCACACAGCUACUCAACAACCCCUCUGGCGGUCUUCAGUACGCCGAUGUGUUACAGUUCGACGGCCAGAUACGAUCCGCAAUCUUGGUGCUUCCAACGUGGGAGGAUGAGGCCGCUGUACUGCCUUCAGGGCUCCUCCGUUUACAACUCCGACAAUAUUUACUCAUGCUGCAUAAGCCAUAUGCAAGACUGGCUCACAAACAUGAUCGCUACAUGUACUCAUUCACGACUUGUAUAGAUACCUGCAGUUCCAUCAUUGCGAUACAUGAUGAUUUAUUGUUGAGAGGCAUCCUGGCUCUCAGCAACAUGCGCAACGAUGUCAUCCGAGUCGGCCUGACGCUUUCGCAGAUCGUGUAUCACAAUUGCGCUCGCAACAUAGCAAAGUCGUCUGCACCCCUAAUGGACACACAAGACACGCAAGAUAAAGGUGCUCAGCGUCACAUCGCAGAUAUGACUAUAGCCAAGCGCUGGAAGAUACCGAGUAAACCCCUCGAUCUAGUCACGUUCCCAGAAGAGCCCUUCGUCGUCAGGCUACUAUGUACGUCUUCGAUCGAGAUCAUAGAACGCGCCAGGCAGCUCUUCGAACAAAAGGUCUUCCGCAUGGGUACGGGAUACGUGGAGUACGGGCUCAUGUCUGCCGCGGUCAGCAUGCUGCCAUCUCAGCCGUCACCCGCAACCUCGAUCGCGUACAUCAAUAAUGCCAAAGACGACAUUCCCUCGCGAUGCAGGAAGACGCUUGAAGGCUUCACAAACCUUGCAUUGAGGGUACUGGCUCUUCAGCAAGAUCCGGAAAACAGUCUAGCCUCGUCUCUACGCGACACAAUAGCAAGCGUGUCGUCAGCGGGAAGCAAGGGGACAGAUGUAGACACCGGCGGGUUCAAUGGGGGAGAUGAGGCAAGGGAGGAACCGCAUACGGGUGGAAACUGUGGCUUUAUGCCUAUGGCUGGUGUUGGAAUGGGCCUCGGUGCUGGCAAUGGCUCGGGAGAUCUGAAUGGAUACACCGACUCUCUGCAAGAUAUGCCGGUGGAUAUGAACGGUUGGGCGUUUCCGGACUUUUGGGCAUUUGACCUCGGCGGCGACUUUUAA